GAGAGCCAACAGAAUUUGAUUGCAAUAAUUAGCUAUAGUACUGUACAACAACCAGUGCCGCAUUCAGCAAGCGCGCAGGCGGGGGGCACGUUCGCCGUGGUCCACAACAGCAUAAGUAAACGGUCAGUUUGGAUUGCACGCCGUCAGGAGCAGCGACCCAGUGAUAGACAAACGGCUCCAUGAGGAUGGUGGCACAGAACCGUGCGAGCCAACAGCCGAUGUGUGUGGGCGGGACGAGCAGCGUCGGCGAGCUCAUCGAGCAUGCUGAGCUUGAGCUGCAUCUGUGGAGGCAUACCCGGGGCGCACGAGACAGACGAAGGCCCAUUCGAGCUGUCCGACGUGUGCGAGGAUAUUGUUGGAACGCGCGAAGCCAGACGUCGGGUGUGCGAGUGGUCCGUACAUGCGCCGCGCGAUGCGCAGACGGGCUGGAGUUGUGAGGAAUGGGUGGGCUGGACGCGUGAAGCAUGGGCGGGUUGGACAUUCGAUGCCAACCCACGCAAGGCCGGAAGCAGUGUUGGGCGCGAGUUGAACGAGGGCGGCAGUGCAGGUAAGGAUGCAGGCAGCGAGGGUGUGCGAGAGGCGAGGGUAGCCGCGGAGAAGUCGGAGGCCGCGACGAUGGCGUUGGUGCAUGGGAGGACGGGAGAGGAACAUUGUGGGCAGCAGCUCACCUCGCUCUGCCGCUACGGCCACCUGUCCGUGUGCGGCCUGAAGCUCGCCGAGUUCAAGUCCUUCAUGUCGCUCAAGGGCCUGCACCCCGAGGAGUGCCGCAAUGUAUGGAUCCUGCGCCGCGCGGAGUGGCAGGUGCGUCGGCGGAUGGAGAAGAGUAGUGAGGAUGUGAUGAGCGGAGCCGCUCAAAGACUUCCCGCCUAAGAGGAUGUACAUACCCUCUGGAACCGGCUCUCCGAGUAGGAGUGAGUGCAGGCGUGAAUGAACAGAUGAGCGGGGCAAGUGUGGGGUUGGACGAAUGCAGCGGGCACGGGUAUGGAUGAGCAGGCGCGGGUGCUGCACGACGAGCAUGAGCAUGCAGGGCAACUGCUCGGCGUGCAAACAUGCUCGACAAACAACACCCAGUGGGAAAGGAUGUAGGUACAGGCUCGCUAGUAGUUGUAGUCUACAAGAACAUUGUCGUACUGUUACAUUCAAUAUUGCAAUGUUCCU